AUGGCCUCCUCCUCGCCGCCCCCGAGCUCCACCGCCUCCCGCGACGACGACGACGACGACCGCCGCCAAGAUGCGAUGUGGGAGAGGCGGACGCACGCGAGGAUCCUGGUCUCGGACGCCGACGCGGGCUGCAUCAUCGGCAAGGCCGGCUCCGACGUCCACGCCAUGGAGGCCCGCUCCGGGGCCCACAUCAAGCUCUCCGGGCGAGGCCGGCCCCUCCCCGGUACGGACCGCAGGGUCGUCCUCGUCUCCGGCCUCUUCCGCACCGUCAUGGACGCCGCAGAGCUCGUCCUCGAGAAGCUCUUCUACCUGGGCGACCAGGUGAUUGACGCUGAGGCCACCGUGGUGCUCGUGGUGCCCGACGCCUGCUGCGGCGCGCUCAUCGGCAAAGGAGGGGAGGUCAUCAAGUCCUUAGCUGAGGAGUCAAAUGCUGGAAUCAUGGUCUCACCCCACGACAUCUGCUACGGUUUCCAUGAUAGACUGGUUACGAUCACUGGACACUUGGACAAUCAGCUGCAGGCAGUAUUUCUUAUACUGUCCGAGUUGCUUGACGACGUCCGCUACUCAUCCUCCGUUGCAAGCCUUAGUUUUCCAAGUUCAAGUGUUCGGUAUGGCGGUGAUGGGCAAGAUGAGCAUGUCGAAAGAUACCACAGCAGGCCUGACACACCCGUGAGAUCGCCUGACUACGACAGCCAUGUGCAAGGGACCCUCACCAUGGGUGUCGCGGACGAGUACGUGGGCGCUGUCAUUGGCUAUGGCGGGAGGACCAUACAAGAGAUCGAACGGGUUACGGGCGUGCAGAUCAAAAUCGUGAAGGGGGAGUUCAUACCUGGGACGAACGAGAGGGAGGUGGUGAUCAGCGGGACACGGGAGGCGGUCGAUGCGGCGGAGGCGAUGAUCGUGCAGCGGGUCUCGGACGCCGCCAAAGGUCGCCGCUGGCAGCAGGGUGGCGGCGGUGGCGACAGGCGGCCUGUGAAGGAAGUGGAGUAG